UUGGUGAAAUGAGGUGGACUGCAGCCAAACAAAACCAUCGAACCACGACCUUCCACCAGUCUCUGCCUUCGUGUUUGUGUUUGUAUGUUCGCAUCGACCCCCCCCCACCGCCCCUCAUCUCGCUCACGCGCUCUCCUUGUCGUCGUCGUCGUCCACAAGCACCCACACACAAGGCACCUUCACCAUGGACAACUCCAUCGCUCUGACCGUGGUCUGGGCGGAGAAGGACACUCAGCAAAUCAUCAAGUUUGGACGGCAAAUGACCGUGGCGCAAGCGUGCGUGCUUGCUCUCACAGAGUUUGGUCAGGAUCCAUCUCUCGCGGAUAUGUAUGGCUUCCUUCGGCAGUCCAUGCAUGGCGGCUACGACAUCUGGGUCGACCCAAAGGCCACCAUCGGCACCAGUGGCCUGCGCAAUGGGCAAAUUGUGCAGUUUGCGCCAAAGCAGCGCCCCCUCAAGAUUCGCCUCAUCGACGGCAGCGAAAAGACCGUCCGUACCGUCAAGAUUGACGAGAGCCUGCCUGUUGGCGCGAUUGUGCACAACGUGUGCCAACGCAUCGGCAUCCACAACCACGAGGAGUACUCGUUCAUGCUGGACGAAAAGGCCGCUUCUCCACAGGACACCCGCCGCUCAAAGAAGGAAACCCUCGUCGACCUUCGCAAGCGCAUGGCUGACGAUGAGAAGUGGCUGCAGCACGAGCUGACGCUGCGAGCGCAGGGCGUGAUGCCGGACCAGGUCCUCGUCCUCCGUAAGAAGUUUUUCUUCUCCGAUCAGGAAAUCAACAGAGACGAUCCUGUGCAAGUCAACCUCGUCUACGGACAGGCCAAGGACUCGAUUGUCAAGGGCGAGCAUCCCUGCACCCUCGACGAAGCCGUACAGUUUGCUGCCAUGCAAGUGCACAUUGAGCAUGGUGACCACAACCCUGACCGCCACAAACCGGGCUACCUCGACGACCUGCGAGCCGUGCUCCCUGCGGAGUAUGUCAAGGUCAAGGGCGUGGAGAAGAAAAUCUACGCAGAGCACAAGAAGCUCGUUGGCCAGCCCGAGCUGAACAUCAAGUUCAAAUACACCACCAUGUGCCGCGCCCUCAAGACAUAUGGCAUCACCUUCUUCAGCGUGCGGGAGAAAGUGAAGGGCAAGAACAAGCUCAUCCCACGCCUUCUCGGCGUCACUCGCGAGAGCGUCAUGCGCAUGGACGAAAAGACAAAGGAGGUGCUGAAGACAUGGCCGCUGACGACGGUGAAGCGGUGGGUUGCAUCACCCAACAGCUUCACCCUCGACUUUGGCACGUACUCCGACUACUACUCUGUGCAGACGCUUGAGGGCGACAAGAUCUCGCAGCUCAUUGCGGGCUACAUCGACAUCAUCCUCAAGAAGCGCCGGCAACAGGACAGGCGGGAGUCUGCGUCCAGCAUGGCAGCACAAUCUGGAAACACAACCUCACAACUCGCCCGCGCCGAACGCGUCAACCUCCGCGGCAGCAAGGCGACGCAGAUGAACGUGCGUCAGUCCGCCUCGGGCCACGCUUCGCUGCGUCCGCGCCUGCGCUCGUCGGCACAGGCACAGUCCACGCUUGCCAACCACAUCUCGCGUGCCAACCGCGUGUUUGUGCUUGCAGGCAAGAAGAUUGCGUCGCCCGCCACGCUGCCGCCGCUUGGCGAGUCCGCGUCCGCCCACCGCUGGCGCGAGGAAAAGGACCUGCUCGCCCGGCAGAACGUCGCAGCCGAGGUUGCCGCCAUCCUCUCUGCCACCGCCAACAUUGUCACGCUCACAACAGCCCGCAGCGACAACACCAAGGUCAACUUCACCGCCGUCGGCGCCAGCAUCUCCACACUGGCGUCCAACAUGCGGUCUGCCGCCGAGGACGUGGCCAUGCUCAUGGCCCUCAACCCGGUGCAGGCAGACAACUUCAAGUCGGCGCUGGAGCAGCUGUCAUCGCACCUGCGCUCGUUUGUGGACACGGUGGCCCCGACAGAGCGCGGCAUCAUGAACCGCCAGAACAUCCUCUCCUCUGCAAACCAGGUUGGCCAAAGCGGGUCGGCGCUGCUGUCCCUGGCCCAGGCGGCCGAGGUCUCCGACGAGAAGCAGAGCCACAUCAUGGGCCUCACCAAGGCCAUUGCAAACGCCACCAGCGUGCUUGUGGACCGCGCAAAGACGGUGGCCGGCAAGUGCGACGACGCCGUGCUGCAGAGCAGCGUCAUCACCGCCGCCAAGACCACCGCUGUCGCCACAACGCAGCUGGGCACCUGCUCCAAGAUGCUGGUGCCAUCCAUCCACAGCGCGCUGUGCCAGGAGCAGCUGCAGGAGAGCGCCCGCGCCCUGGCCGCCUCUGUGGAGACGCUCGUCAGCGCGGCUCAGAACGCGUGUGCGGACGAGCAGGCCGUUGGCGAGCUCGCCCACGCCGCCACCGCCGUGUCCGACGCCCUCGGGCAGCUCAUCCAGGGCAUCAACGAAGUUGUUGUUGUCGUCGGCAACACCGCGUCGACCGGCGGCUCGCGCAGUCGUGCGGGCACGGCGUCCGGUGCCGCAACGGGCACGUACGCGACCCUGGGCGCAAGCGUGUCGCCCAUGUUUGAGCGCGCGUGCGAGGAGAUUCUGCAGUCUGCAGACGCCCUCCCGCGCCGGCUUGGCGACCCGCGGCAGAUGGUGGCGACCGCAAAGCAGCUGGCCAAGGCCACGGCCGUGGUGGUGAGCGAGGUGAAGGCACGCGCCAACAGGGAGACAGACCCGACGAAGCAGCAAGAGCACCUCAAGACGGCCCGCCGCCUUGCCGACGCCACAACGCGCCUGGUGGAGGCCACGAAGAAGGCGUCGCAGAACCCCAAGAGCAAGAAGGCGCAGCAGGCACUUCUGGACGCAGCGUCGAACCUGCGCGACGUGACGAAAGCCACAGCCAGCGACGUCAUUCUCAAGCGCGCCAUCACGGGGCUGGUCACCAGCGCCAAGCAGUCUGCCGCCUCCGUCACCCAGCUCAUCAGCGCCGUGCACGCCACGGACGACCUCGUGCGGGAGUCGUCAACACGCGAGCGGCUGGCGGCGCAGUGCCAGCACAUCCGCGGGCAGACGGCGCGCCUGAUCACGGCCAUUCGCGGUGCCCGCCGCGACCCCAUGAACGCUGCGGCGCAGAUGGACCUGGUCAACAAGGCGCAGGACUUCCUGGCGCCGGCCAAGCGCCUUGCGGAGGCCGCCAGAAACGUCGCGCCCACGUUCACGGACGCCGCAGCCACCAUGCAGGUGACAAACUGCGCACGCAGCGUCAACGCGGCCCUGGCAGACCUCAAGUCGUCCAUUGCGUCCACGGCCGACGCCUCGGACAGCCUUCAGUUGAGCCACGCCGUGGAGAGCGUACUCACGCUCGGCUCCUCGCUGGCCCAGCUGGACGCGAUGGCGGAGCAAGGGCAGUUGGCGGCGAUGCCUGGGGACGACCCUGCCGAGGCGGUGCGGCGCAUCAUGGCGUCCAUCCACGCCGUCAAGACCCGCAUCAAGCAGUUCCAGGCCGCGGUGAAGCAGGGCAACGAGGACUUUGUCAACAAGUGCGCCAACGCCAUGGCCAAGGCCCUCAAGGAGCUCACCGUGGCGGUGCAGGUGUUUGCAGCGAGCACACCGGCCUCUGAGCAGCAGCGCGCCAUCCUCGCCCACGCCCGCGCGGUCAUGCAGCAGGCGGCCCAGCUGCUGAUGGAAGGCCGCAAGCUCGUGAGCGGCGCAGAGGCCGGCAGUGGCGGCAAGAUGUCGGCUGCGGCCAUGGCGGAGGUGAAGGCUGCGAGCAAGCAGCUGUUGGAGAGCCUGUCGCAGCUGGCCUCGGACCUCCCGGGCCAGCGCAGUGCGCAGCAGUGCGCGCAGCAGGUGCACAAGCAGGCCAAGCCGCUGACACAGAGCAAGGGCUUCAGCGUGCAGGCGCAAGGCCCCGAAGUGUUCCAGCAGCACUCGGCCACCGUGAUGUCCGCGGCCAAUGCCUUGUCGCAGGUGGUGUCGGAGGUGUCUGACAAGGCCCUGCUGGGCGGGCCCGACGAGGUUGCCGCGGCAUCGCAGCGCCUGGUGGAAGUGCACAAGUCGUUUGUGUCUGCGGGGCUCACCCUUGCCGGCGCGUGCGAGACGCAGGAGGACGCAAAGGACCUGCUGUCAUUCCUGCAGAGCAUCUCCACCAAUGCGGAGAAGCUGCUGAAGCUUGGUGCUGCCACGGCCGUGGACCCGACAGACAACAGCCAGCGCAACCUCCUCUCCUCCGCCGUGCGUGGCAUCUCUUCAUCCAUCAACAAUCUUCUCACCGCGUGCACGCAGUCCGCCCCGGGCCAGAAGCAGUGUGACAAGGCCAUUCGUACAGUGCAGGCCGCAGCGGCCUCGCUCGAGAGCCCAACAUCCGCCAUCAGCGCAAGCUCCUACUUUACCUGUGUUGACGACGUGCUGACCAAAACCAGAGACCUGGGCUCUGCACUGGCUGAGGUUGCGGGCCACUGCAAGAACCGUGACACAGACCGCUUCAACUCUGCACUGCAGCACGCCACAGAUGCCGUCGUCGGUCUCUGCGAGGACGCUGCACAGGCAGCAUACCUGGUUGCCGUGUCUGAUGUGUCCUCCUCUGGUGGCUCUGGCGGUGGGGCGCUGGACCAGGCGGGCGUGAUUCGUUCCAAGGAAGCAAUCGAGCACGCGUGCGCAACGCUGGUGAGCUGCACGUCGUCCCAGCAGGAGGUGAUGGCGGCGGCAAAGCGCAUCGCCACAGAUACAACGAGCCUGUGCCACCUGUGCCGUGCGGCGGCGGAGCAGACAACCAACCCAGUUGUCUCGCAGCAGCUGGUCGAGGUGUCCACGGCCAUCUCCGGCGCCACACGCGACGUGAUUGCCAACGCAAAGCAGCUGGCCUCGUCCAUGACCCCCGAGGCGCGCGCUGCGUGCCAAGAGAGCUCGGCACAGCUGAACGAGGUGGUGGAUCAGCUGCUUCAGCUGGCCACCGACGCGGACGCGGAUGCGAGCGGUGCCGGUGCCGCCGCCUUCAGCGAAGAGGCGAAAGCGCGCCAGAAGCCGUUCUGCACCGCUGGGCGGGACGUGGCAGAGGCAAGCUGCAAGCUCAUCACCGCCGCCAAGAGCCUGAUUGCCAACCCACGCGACCCGCCAAAGUGGGAGGAGCUGGGCCAGCACUCCAAGACAGUGUCGCAGUCUGUGCAGGCGCUCGUGUCCGCCAUGCAGGACAACGCGCCCGGCCAGCGCGAGUGCGACAACACCGCCUACGAGAUUGGGCAGCUGCUGCACGACCUGCAGGAGACGGAGUACGCGUGCCAGAGCGGCACGCUGGAGGUGGCUGACGACGAGACGAUGGGCGGUUUCCAGGAGGAGAUUGUGGGCAUGGCUGCGAACCUGCGCGAGGCGUGCGACGCGCUCAAGACGGGCGGAACGAGCGACCCGGCGCGUCUGGCGCACGCAGCGGAGGCAACGCGCACCAUCGCAGACUCGUUGCUCACGAGCAUGAUUGGCGCCAUCUCGCACAUCAAGGACAGCGAGGUGCAGCAGUCCGUGUGCGCGCAGGGCCGGACGUUGCUGGAGGGCGUGAGCCAGCUCGUGCACGCGGCACGCGACUGUGGCGGCAACCCGGAUGAGAAGACGAAGCACCGCAUUGUCGCACGCGCGCGUGAGAACCUGGACAAGGGCAUCACAGAGUUCUGUAACACGAUUGGGCAGCUCACCAACGAGACUGGCGUUGCUGCUGGCAACCUGAACAACAUCAACCGCGCCCUGGACAAGCUGGAGCUCGGAGAAGCGGCCGAGUUCACCACUGCGCAGAACUUUGUCGACUACCAGGACUCUGCCAACAAGCACACCCGCAAGAUGGCCACAAAGGCACAGGACAUGUUGAGCAAGGCGCUUACGGAGCCGGAGGAGGUUCCUGCACUGGCCACCGAUCUCACCAACCAGCUGCUCGCGCUCAUCUCAGACACCACCGGUGCCCUCAAGGGCUUGCCGUCAGACAAGUUUGCCACACAGCUCAAGGGUGCCGUGCGUGAUCUCGGUGUUGCCUGCAGCAACCUGGUCGGCUCCGCUGGGCUGCUGCAGCAGCGACCAACGGACCAGGUGGCGAAGCAGGAGGUGGCCGACAGCGCGCGCGAGGUGUCGCGUCAGGUGCAGAGCGUGGUUGCCCAGCUGCAGGCUGGUUCCCGCGGCACGCAGGCGUGCAUCGACGCGUGCGUCAAGGUCGAGGACACGGUCACAGACCUGGAGACAACGCUCAUGUUUGCAUCUGCGGGCUCGCUCAUGCCGGACGCGCAGACGACGUUCACGGCGGAGCAGGGCCAGAUCCGCGACAAGGCCAAGCAGCUUGUGGAGCAGACCAAGGCGCUUGUCACGGCAACGGCGGAGUCCCAGGACGACCUUGCUGCUGCUGCGGAGAAGCUCAACACCAACUUUGACGCACUCGUCGAGUCGCUGAAGCUUGGUGCAGCCUCGCUUGGGCCCGACCAGGUGGACGCCCAGGUGCUGCUGCUGAACGCUGCACGUGAUGUGGGCGCAACGCUCGCUGAGCUCCUCACCACAACCAAGUCCGUCUCCGGCAACCCACACGAUGAUGCGGCUGUGAAGAAGCUGGGCGAGCAAGCGCGGACCAUGGCCACGAACAUCAGCGGGCUGCUGAAGACGGUAUCUGGCAUCGAUGAUGGUGCACAGCGCGUCACACAGGCCCUCGAGUCUGCAAUGCAGGCCAUUGAGCGGGAAGAAACGAGCUCCAGCCUUGUUGAUGAGGAUGUGAAGGACGAGGAUGCGGUGGGCAACCUGAUUGCGGCAUCGCGGCCCGUGACCUCGGCGGUGACCAAGCUGGUGACGGCCAUGGGCUCUGGCCAGGUGGAUCGCCUGACGGGCGCCGCGAACGACGUACGCAAGGCCGUGAUUGACCUGAUGAAGGCUGCCGAGGUGGCCAGCGUUGUGAGCGAGGCGUCCACAGGCCGGGACGAGGUGCAGUCUGCGAGCAAGGGGUGCGCUGCGGCUGUUCGCGGCCUGCUUGGCGUUGCCGCGUCGCUUGCGGGCCGCCCAGCGACUUCCGACGCGAAGAAGCAGGCGCUCGAGUGGUCACGGCAAGUGGCGUCCAACCUGGCUGAGGUUGGCCAGGCCGCGCAGAACCUCAAGGGCGAUGACUGGGUUGACCCGACCGACCCCAACGUCGUUGCGGAACAGGAGCUGCUGACCGCUGCUGCCGCCAUCGACUCUGCCGCGGACAAGCUCUCUGUGAUGCAGCCCCGCGCGGAGGUGCAGGUGGAGGACCUUCCGUUUGAGGAGCAGAUUCUCGGCGCCGCAAAGAGCAUUGCCACCGCCACGUCGUCACUGGUCAAGGCCGCCAACGCCGCACAGAAGGAGAUGGCCGACACCAUGCCGUUCUCUGGCGAUUAUUACAGUGAGGAGGCGCAGUGGUCAGCGAGCAUGGUGUCUGCCGCCAAGCUGGUUGCGUUUGCCACGCAGAACCUGUGCGAGGCGGCCAACGCCACGGUGCAGGGCGGCUCUGCCGACGAGAAGCUGGUGGCGUCUGCGAAGAGCGUGGCCAACUCCACUGCGCAGCUCAUGCUUGCUUGCCGCGCAAAGAUGGAUGCGCAGUCGCCGACGGCCAAGCGGCUGCUGGCUGCCGGCUCCGCCGUCAAGAAGGCUGCAGAUCACUUGGUGGAGUCUGCCAAGACGGCGCUUGAGGAGGCGCAGGAGGCAGACAUGUCCCUGGACGAGCGCCCCGUGCAGAGCAUGCGCCAGGAGAUUGAGGCUGUGGAGGCCGUGCUGAAGCAGGAGCGCGAACUGGAGGCUGCAAAGCGCAACCUGGCCAAGCUGCGCGCUACCAAGUACAAGAAGGGCAAAUCCACCUGGGCCGCCUCCCUUCGCCUCUCCAAGCACAUGGAGUGAUGGAGUGAGAGCGAGACGCAGCAGGCAUGUGGUGGUGCCGCCGUGUGGUAUGACUUGUCGUUUGCUCAGCGAGGUGGGUGUUGUUGGUGCACGUGUGACAUGACAAGUUGUUUCUUUUGUGCGACCUUCUCAAUACAGUUUUGGUUCUGUGGUUGAUUCCCCGUGAUGUUUGCGGUUGACUUGUGACUGUACUGAGCGCACUUUCGUUCUGUUGUUUGUUUACUCUCGUUUCGUUCGCUCCAUAAAUGCCGCGAAAGCCGAAACGUCUCAAGUGUAAAUCAUGAACAGAGCA